AUGGAAUUUCCUUUUCCAAAAGUGAAAAAUUUGUUUUUUGUGCUUUUAUUUGUUAUACCGUUUUCUGAAACUAUUUCUAGUGAUUCCGUAGUUAUACCUGAUAUUCAUUGGCGAGAUACGAAAUGUGAAGGAGAGACAAAUUUAAAUAAUUUUGAGGGUAGUGGUCCAAGAAGAUACCAUCGAUGUGUGAACAUAAAUGGUCAGAUGAUAUUAUCUUCAAAAAUAUGUGCUAAAGGAUUAGUUUAUGAUAAGACGAUAAAAAAAUGUGUUAAUGUACCGGGUAAUGGAUACGCUCUAACUAAGUACGAUCCAGUUAAAAAAUAUUGUACAUACAACGCCAAAUGUGAAAAGCCACCUACAACUACACCUAGUUGGGUAUUUUUGGAGGAUCCUUAUCCCCCUUGUACAUCACAUGGAAGAUUUCGAUCACCAACUGAUUGUAGUUUAUAUUAUACUUGCAGUGUUAAAACCAACGGAACAUUUUAUCAAGAAAGAUUUGAAUGUCCUACUGGAACAAUAUUUAGCAAUUCACAUAAAUUUUGUGUAUCAGAUCAAGUCGAGAACUGUACCCUACCACAGCCAUUUCGUAAAUGGCCAUUUCUGAUUACGUCCACAGUGAAUUCAUUAGAAAAUAAACAAACUCAAAACACAAUAAAAUAUUCGGAAAUAACACAUAGUCAUGAAAGAACGAGAAAAAAGAAUCAUUCGAACGUAACCAUAGGAUUAUCCACUAGAAAAAAUACGAGACUAACAACAGACAAGUUUGACAAGACAAAUGGAAUUACAACAGACAAAGUUGGAAGCACAAUCAUUAAAUCCUGGAAAGAUCGUGAUCACUCAAUUUACGAAUCAACAAAACAUCAUACGACCUCACUGGAAAAACAUCAUACCUCCCAAACAACCCAUAAUAGGAAACGUACAAGUCAUCACACUGCAUCCCAAUCAACCACCAUACAUCAUUCAUCAAGUAAAAAAGACAAAUACAGGAACGAAAUAAUUCCGUUAGCUGUAACUUCAAAUGAUGAUGCAACUUCAAGUCGCCGUAUACAUACUAGGAGUAAGGGUACAAGAACUCCACACAAAACAAGAAUAGUAACGGAUAAAUAUGGAAGUACAAGAGUUGUCACGAGUUCGGAAGAUACAGACGACACCGGAGCAGAUGCACCACACAAACCAGGUACAGGACACCGGACCCAUAAACCACGUACUUAUACAUCUAUAAGUGACAACAAACCACAUGGAAGCAGACAUACAAGACUUCCACACAGCACGAGAAUAAUAACAGAUAAAUAUGGAAGUUCAAAAGUUGUUACGAGAACUGAAGAUUCCGAUGAUUCUCGUAACGAUUCACCGCACAAACCAGGAUCAAACCACAGAACUCAUGUGCCACGAAAUCAUACAUCUUCUGUUGAUGAUAAACCACAUGGAAGUAGACAUACAAGAACUCCGCACAGCUCGAGAAUAAUAACGGAUAAAUAUGGCAGUACAAAAGUUGUUACGGUUCCUGGAAACUCCGAUGAUUCUGGAAACGAUUCACCGCACAAACCAGGAUCAAGCCACAUAACUCAUGUACCACGUAAUCAUACACCUAUUAGUGGUAAUAAACCACAUGGAAGUAGACAUACAAGAACUCCACACAGAACGAGAAUAAUAACGGAUAAAUAUGGAAGUACACAAGUUGUUACGAGUCCUGAAGAUUCAGAUGAUUCUGGUAAAGAGACACCACACAAACCAGGUUCAAGCCACAGAACUCAUGUACCACAUAAUCAUUCAUCUAUUAGUGGUGAUAAACCACAUGGAAGUAGACAUACAAGAACUUCACACGGAACGAGAAUAAUAACGGAUAGAUAUGGAAGUACACAAGUUGUUACGAUUCCUGGAAAUUCCGAUGAUUCAAGUAAAGAGGCACCACACAAACCAGGUUCAAGCCACAGAACUCAUGUGCCACGAAAUCAUACAUCUAUUGGUGGUGAUAAAUCACAUGGAAGUAAACAUACAAGAACUCCACACAGAACGAGAAUAAUAACGGAUAAAUAUAAAAGUACAAAAGUUGUUACGAGUCCUGGAGAUUCAGAAGAUUCAGGUAAAGAGACACCACACAAACCAGGAUCAAGCCACAGAACUCAUGUGCCACGUAAUCAUACAUCUAUAAACGGCGAUAAACCACAUGGAAGUAGACAUACAAGAACUCCACACGGAACGAGAAUAAUAACGGAUAAAUAUGGAAGUACAAAAGUUGUUACGAGUCCUGAAGAUACCGAUGAUUCCGUCAAAGAGACACCACACAAACCAGGAUCAAGCCACAGAACUCAUUUGCCACGGAAUCAUACAUCUGUUGGUGGUGAUAAACCACAUGGAAGUAGACAUACAAGAACUCCACACGGAACGAGAAUAAUAACGGAUAAAUAUGGAAGUACAAAAGUUGUUACGAGUCCUGGAGAUUUAGAUGAUUCAGGUAAAGAGACACCACACAAACCAGGAUCAAGCCACAGGACUCAUGUGCCACGUAAUCAUACAUCUAUAAACGGCGAUAAACCACAUGGAAGUAAACGUACAAGAACUCCAAAAAGAACGAGAAUAAUAACGGAUAAAUAUGGAAGUACAAAAGUUGUUACGAGUUCUGGAGAUUCAGAUGAUUCAGGUAAAGAGACACCACACAAACCAGGAACAAGUCACAGAACUCAUUUGCCACGUAAUCAUACAUCUAUAAACGGCGAUAAACCACAUGGAAGUAGACAUACAAGAACUCCACACAGAACGAGAAUAAUAACGGAUAAAUAUGGAAGUACAAAAGUUGUUACGAGUCUUGAAGAUUCAGAUGAUUCUGGUAAAGAGACACCACACAAACCAGGUUCAAGCCACAGAACUCAUGUGCCACGUAAUCAUACAUCUAUUGGUGGUGAUAAACUACAUGGAAGUAGACAUACAAGAACUCCACACGAAACGAGAAUAAUAACGGAUAAAUAUGGAAGUACAAAAGUUGUUACGAGUCCUGGAGAUUCAGAUGAUUCUGAUAAAGAGACACCACACAAACCAGGAUCAAGCCACAGAACUCGUGUGCCACGAAAUCAUACAUCUAUCAGUGGUGAUAAACCACAUGGAAGUAGACAUACAAGAUUUCCACACGGUACGAGAAUAAUAACGGAUAAAUAUGGAAGUACAAAAGUUGUUACGAUUCCUGGAGAUUCAGAUGAUUCUGGUAACGAUUCACCGCACAAACCAGGAUCAGGACACAGAACCCGUGAACCACGUAAUUAUACAUCAAUCAGUGGCGAUAAACCACAAGGAAGUAAACAUGCAAGAACCCCACACAGCACGAUAAUAAUUACGGAUAAAUAUGGACGUACAAAAGUUGUCACGAGUCUUGGAGAUACAAACGAAACUGAUAAGGAUACAUCACAUAAACCAGGAUCUGGACACUCAACGUAUGUUCCAAGGAAUCAUACAUCUAUAAGCCAUAAUAAACCACAUGUUAGUAAACAAACAAGGACUCCAUAUGCCACAAAUCUUAUUACGGAUAAAUAUGGAAUUACAACGCAUGCAGUUGGUAUUCAUCAAACAUCCAUUGUUCAUGGUACAAGAAUAACUACAACUGGAGGCGUAGAUAACGUAAAAUCACAAUCUUUAUCGCAAGUACCUACAGAAAAACAUAGCGAUCAUACUGUAAUUAAAGAAUCAUAUGGGACGUCGAAAAUUCCUGAAAUUUCAAAUCAGAAGCGUAUUGUUAAAGAUACUCAACCUCCACGAUUAGGUCAAAGCACUCCUGAUCAUUCGACACAUAGUGUUAAAACACGCCGUACACCUAGUGCUAAAAAUCAUUCUGAACAUGGAGAAGGACACGCACGAUCAACGCAUACUCGAGGAGGACAUACACGAUCAACGCAUCAAGAAAAAACUCAUAAAGAUGUGACACGUCACACCAGAAAUUCAACAGGAACAGUAUCCACUAAAAUUCAUCAAACUCGUAAAAGCCGUGUAACAAAAGUUGUCCAAAUAACCCAAGUGACCGAUAAAGAUCAUCAGAUUGUAACACAUCCAAGAAAUAGAACGCAUCAAGGACACAAAAAUCAUACAACUCGUGCUGGUAAUCACACACUUGCGCCCCAUACACAUCGCACUCAUGAUUAUAGUAACGCCACGGUAAAAGACGUUCAAUUAGACAAUUCCACCAAAAUUGGCUUUACAAUUAAAAUUAAAAGUUACACAUUUUUAAAUUAUGAUAAAAAUGUUACGGACAUUGAUGGAAAACAUGGAGGUUUUACCGAAUCACCAAACUGUACUAGAUCUGGUACUUUUCUAUAUUCAAAGGACUGUAAGAAAUAUUUUCUAUGUAAAGUGGGAAAGACAACACUAUUUGAUUUUGAAAUUUAUGAAUGCAAAGAAGGAUUGAUUUACAGUCAAAGGUAUAAAAUUUGCGUUUCGUUGAAUUUUGAAACUUGCACGUUUCAAGUAUUUGUUCCACACUUUAAACCACCCACUACUCCUCUACCCAGUUCAAAACAAAAAGUGAAAUGUAAAGAUCCUGGCAUAUUUGCAUUUAAUGAUUCUUGUAAAUCUUAUUAUGUUUGUGAAAAAACGAAUAACAAGAGUCUUGAAGCAAACGUUCAACAAUGUCCACCAAACACUAAUUUUGAUAUUCAAUACAAGAGAUGUCUUCCUGAAAAAGUAUCAAAAUGUAACAGAUUUGAUAAUGAAAUUAUUCAACCCACAAAGACGUACACCAAUAAUAAGGAGUUAUUAAAAACAACUAGCACAUCUAUUAAAAAUACUGAAAUUUCAGUUACCGAAGUCUCACCUAAAGUACCGAAGAACAACACAGAUGAAUGUCCUGAAAGUGACAAUGACUGUCCCCAUGUUGGAGCAUUUCGAGUAGAAAAUUCAUGUCAUGAAUACUUUGAAUGCACAUAUGAUAGGAAAUGUGAUCGACUAGUUAAAACUGAUACAUUAGUUUGUCCAAAAUGUUUACGUUUUAAUCCAGUUGUUGGUUUAUGUGAUUAUCCACACAACGUUCCAGAGUGUGCACCAAAAAUGCCCGAUAAAUAUAACUGUACCGGUCCAGGAACAUUUAAAGUAGCAAAAAAUUGUACUCAAUAUGCUGUUUGUGAAAAAACGAGCAGCGGCACAUACAAAGGCAUUCGUAAACAUUGUCCGCAAUCACAAAACUUUAAUCCUAGUACUUUACAGUGUGAGGAGAAUUUUGAAUGCUUUGUUAAAAAACCAGAAUGUACAAGACCUGGAUUUUUUGUUAAUGAACAUACAUGUGAAUUAUAUUAUCAGUGUGUAGAACUGGAUGAUGAUGGAAAUUUCGAUGUCGUUGAACACGAAUGCCCUCCAAAUUUGUUGUUUGAUGUUGAAAAACAAUAUUGUGAUUUCCCAGAUAAAGUAAAAGGCUGUCAAAUUGAACAUCACACUUUAAAACCACCUUUAUUACCCAAGCCAAAAUAAUAGCAUAAUUUUUAAUAAUUUAGUAUAGCUGAUGUAAAUUUUAAAAAAAUUUUAAUUUUUUAUUGU